AGGCCUUAGCAGAAUUUGAAGAAAGAAUGAAUGAGAACUGGAAAAAGGAACUGGAAAAACACAGGGAAAAAUUGUUAGGUGGAAGCGAAAGUUCAUCAAAGAAAAGAGAGAGAAAGAAAAAGGAAAAGAAGAAAUCUGGUAGGUCUUCAUCCUCUUCUUCAUCAAGCUCUGAUUCUUCCAGCAGUUCUUCAGAUUCGGAAGAUGAGGAUAAGAAACAAGGGAAAAAAAGAAGAAAAAAGAAAUAUCGUUCACAUAGAUCUUCAGAAUGCUCCAUAUCAGAAUCUGAAUCAGAUAGUAAGGACAGCAUUAAGAAAAGAAAGAAAUCAAAAGAUGAACAUGAGAGAGAAAAGGAAAUCAAAAGUCUGAGCAAGAAAAGAAAGAAGAUAAAUUCUGAAGAUAAACCUGUGUCAUCUGAAUCUUUAUCAGAACCAGAUUGUAUAGAAGAGGCACAAGCAAAAAAAAAGAAAAACAGUGAGGAGAGAGAAAAGACCACAGCAAGUAUCACUUUCAUUCUUAAAUGA